AUGGGUGUCAGUGUCCGCAUACGAAGUGCCACCAACCAAACAAACAAUCAUUCAUGUUACACUUGCAUUGAACCGUUGGUUGGUUAUACUGAUCAUCCCGACUCCUGCAAAUAUUUGAAUGUCAGUUCAUCAUUAGCGUCUUCGUUUAUUAAAAGUUGCAAUAUGGACAAUACCGAUGGCGAAUAUGAAUGUCGAAAAGUUGUUAUUAGUUAUCGUUCGGUCGAAACUUACCUUCGUCGUGAUUGUGCACCGAAAGGUUUAUGCUCAUGGAAAGAUAGAACAGGUUCAAUGAUUAACACUCCUGUCUCAGACUGUGUAUAUACCGAUGAACGGUCGCAAAAACUUGAAUGUGUUUAUUGUUGUGAUACGCCAUUAUGCAAUGGCGCGAGAUUCGAUCCGAUGACGAUGCGAUUUCUUAUUUAUCUCUUAGGGAUGGGAUAUCUGAUUUAG